UCCACCUAUCAAAGAAUCGAAAACUUUCGAGAUUCUUUCGAGCCCUCCUAUCACGAAUAAAUCCAAUUCUGUUCGCAGGACGUGACUCGUGGGUCGACACGAUUCUUUCAAAGCAAUGUCCAAGCUACUUCUCACGACGCUGCUCCCUCUAACCAUCCUUUUUCGCGUCGCCUGCAAAUUAUCCAAGUCUGACGAAUCGGACAGCUAUUCCAACCUAUACCCUUUCCUGGAAAAAUGGGCCAGGACCAGUCACACGAAGAUGCUGACCGUGGUGUUCGACGAUUACGACUUCCAACGGCCCCCCUUCGACAUCCCCUCUGAAAUGCUGAUCGAUUUAAACGUGUCCACCAAACUGGUUACUUUGAAACAUCUAAUAUCUCUUAGAAACAAGGACAGAAGGCGCGAUUAUCGAACGAUAGAGAGUGAAAAUUGCGUGUUGCUCUUAUUCUCCUCCGUGGACCAUCUCAAAGAUAUCCUCAGCUCGCCCCAUUUGAUCUCGUUCUGGCAUCCGGAGAAUUUCUACAUACUUCGCGAGCAAGGGCGGUCGUCCAUCAGCUCGUUCGAGCAGGAACGAUUCUGCCAGUGGGCGUUCGAGAGGCUUUGGAGGGUGAGGAAGGUGCACAAACUGCUUCUGUUCACCGGUGAUAAAGUGAUCCGAUACGAUCCUUUCGAUCACAACAGGCUUCGCGCCAGGUAUGACGAAGGUUGCAACCGGUAUUGCAAUAAAUCGAGCGAGGAGGAUGGUUUUCUAUCGAUCGACGGGUCGAACAUCACCGACGUGUCCGAUCUCUUCGAGGAGGAGAGGAUCGACUUCGAACGAUACCCGUUGAAAAUAUCCAUCUUCGAGACGAGCACGAUCUCUUUCAAGGAGGGGAGAUAUUUCGGUUUGGAUUUCAAGUAUCUGGAAGAGGUUUGCAAAAAGAUGAACGUGACGCGUUCCCUGAUCAAGUCGAAGGAUAGAUUCGGUUGGGAGGAGAACGGCACGUUCUUCGGGACAAUUGGACACUUGGUAUACGGAUUUGCGGACGUCUCGUUCAAUCAAUUCUUCGUCAAGGAUUAUAUGACCAGGCAGCUUGAGUUCACCGCGUCAAUUACGAGUGACAAAUUGUGCGUUCUUAUACCGAAAGCUGCACCCCUCCCCGAUUAUCUCGUGAUAGUCAAGAUCUUCACGGGGAAGGCAUGGUUGCUCGUGUUCGCCGCCCAUUUCGUCAUCGCUAUGAUUUACACCAUCUUGAAGAUCGAGAAGUAUCGAAAUAUGCUCGAGGCUGUGAGGAAAAGCGGCCAGGCGUUUUUCUGCUGCGAAUAUAUUCCCGACUCGUAUUUUCUCGAGGAUCGAAACGGUGUCGUGUUCAACGUUGUUCGAGAAACGGGCGAGGGGGUAUCGUACGAGGAAGACGAGCGAGUGAACGAUGGAAAUACCAGAUCAGAAAACGUCGGACGGAUGGCAUCCAAUACGAAGAAAAACGACUCGAAACGAUUCGAUCGAGCCUCUUUGUCCCUUCUGAUAACUCUGGCACGGUAUUUAAUGAAGGUGGUAUUUCAGCUUAUGCAACCCUUUAAAUUGGGUCAACCAUGGUUCCCGGAGAGAUUGUUGCUGUUAUGCAGUCUACUUCUCAGUUUGAUCCUCAAUGGAAUAAUCACAUCUCAACUUGCCUCCAGUUUCAGCAAACGAAUGUACUACGAAGACAUUAACACGUUGGAACAAUUGGAGAAAAGCGGGAUCACGAUUUUAACCGACGCCAAAGAUGUCAUAAGCGACGCGUUCACCGAUGUAACAUCACCGUUGAUUAAACGGCUUCACGAGAGAUUGGAAUACGCGAACAGAUCGGAAGUUCAUAGAAGGUUGUUCGAGGUGAGGGAUGCUGGCUAUCUUCACCGAAUCGCAACCCUCCCGUUGAAAUACGACGAAUACCAGAGGAAAACGUUGCACGUCGUCAAAGAGUGUCCAAAGGAUUACAUCAUAGCCAAUGUGAUGAAGAAAGGAUCACCUUUCGGAAGACGUAUAAACACCAUUCUUCUCAGGUUGAACAAUGGUGGUUUCUAUAAGAUUUGGUAUCAAGCCAUGUACCAAUCGUUGAAACGGAAAGAGAUGAUGACGCUCGAUGACUCGUCGAUACAUCGAAAGAUCACGAUUCGACAUUUGUUUAUCCCUUUCGGGAUAUUGUACCUUGGACUGGCCACCAGCGUAAUCGUAUUCAUCUACGAAUAUCGGCAAAACAACGUUUGACGUUGGUUAAGCCCGUUUGCUCAAAGGGAUGUUCGAAACGAAUGUAAAAAGCGAUAACUGAAGUGGAAAUCAUUGUGUCUCCAACGUGUCAUUCCUUUUCCCUUUCACCACCAAAGGGUGAAGCAAAGUAAAUGGGAUGUGAAAAUUUAAAAAAAAAAUUCAUUUCAUAUUUUCUUGUCUUUUAGAAAGAAAAUAUAUAGAUAAGAAACGAAAUUGUUCUCGAUAAUAUAGCUUUUGACGAACAAUUUUUAUGAUUUUCAUUUUUCAAUAAUC